AUGCCUGCAAUAAUUGCCGCCCUUGUAGCAUUCUUACGACCUACCUUACAAGCACAAACACGAGGCCUUAAUUGGGGUUCUGUCACAAAGCCCGGCACGCGCUCUNCAAACCAGAUCAUUGGGGCGGGGACCACACCCAACCCUGUGGUCAUCCCGGGCACCAACCCAGGGGGGAUCAGUGGAACUGGAGAAUUCUGCGUCUACAAGAACAAUCAGUAUGCCAAAGGUGCCAGAUGGAGUGAUGGAUGUGACUACAACUGUGAAUGUCUGCCAGGCAGGACAUACAGAUGCACCGAGAGAUGUCCCAAAUACCAGAACCUCCCCAGUUACUGCCAACUGGUUCAGAACACAGAGGGCGACACCUGCUGCAAGAAGCCCCAGUGCACCAUCCCCAGCACCAACAAUGUCAUCACUGGCACUGGAGUGAUUCCAGGAGGAGUUACUGGAACCAGACAGGGAUGCAUGUGGAACAACCAGAUCUAUGUGCAGGGCCAGAGGUGGCAAGAUGGCUGCCAGUACAACUGUGUCUGUGAGGAUGGAAGGACAGGAUUUUACAGAUGCACAGAAAGAUGCCCAACCUACCGAAAUCUCCCAGCAAGCUGCCAACUUGUGCAAAGUCAGACGGAUUACUGCUGUCAAGAACCAAGGUGCACCUUCACACCUGUUACAGGAGGUGGGUUCACUGGCUCUGGCACCCCACCCCCUGUUGUGAAUCCUGGCACUGUUUCACCAGUCACAAACAAACCAGUCAUUGGACAACCCAGAGUAUGUGUAUACAAUGGAGUUCAGUACACUGAAGGCCAGAGAUGGCAAGAUGGCUGCAAGUACAACUGCAUAUGUGUAGAUGGCGUUACUGGGCAAUACAGAUGUGAUCAGAGGUGCCCAACCUAUCAGUAUGACACCAAGAAUUGCGUUAUGCAACAGGAUCCUGUUGAUAGCUGCUGCCAGAAACCAGUCUGUAACUUCCCCAGUGUAACUGGGAAUGUGAUAAAUGGUGGUCGCACCACACCGUCUUCUGGCGGUAACAUCACUCCCAAACCUGGCCCUGGAGGUAUCUCCGGCUCUACGGAUGUGUGCGUGUACACGGAUGGUAAGACCUACAGGCAGGGACAGAGAUGGGAAGAUGGCUGCAAGUAUUUGUGCCAGUGUGUUGAUGCAGUGACUGGAAGAUACCAAUGUAAUGAAAGAUGUGCCAAGUAUACCAACCUCCCGAGCUACUGCACAAUGAUACCAGACCCAAGAGAUGCUUGCUGUCAGACUCCGUCCUGCAAUUUCCCAACCGUCACAGAGACAACCCGAGCACCAGGCAUGGUAACAUUCAGGCCAAAUCCUGGUAACACGAUAGCACCAAAUCCUGGCAACACGGUAGCACCAAAUCCUGGCAACACGGUAGCACCAAAUCCUGGUAACACGGUAGCACCUAAUCCUGGUAACACAGUAGCACCAAAUCCUGGUAACACUGUUGCUCCAAAUCCUGGACAGAAUAGGAAGUACUGUGUAUAUAACAACCGCCAGUAUGCUAAAGGACAGACUUGGCAAGUUGGAUGCCAGUAUGAGUGUGUGUGCGAGGAUGAUACAACUGGUUUCUACAACUGCAAUGAUUUAUGCCCAACAUAUACCAACCUUCCAAAGGAGUGCACGCUGGUCCAGGACCCCGUGAAGUACUGUUGUAAGACCCCACGCUGUGAUUACUCUGGUGUCACUUCAGGGACAACAGGUGGCGGCGCUGUGCCAAUCGUUCCAACGGGUAUCCCAGGAGUCAUCACAGGAACCGGAAAUACUGCCACAGGAACUUCUCCAAACCAGCCAAGAUAUUGUGUGUACAAGGGCCGAUAUUACACCCAGGGUGCCAGGUUCGCUGAUGGCUGUGACUACAACUGUGUUUGCGAUGAUGUUAACACUGGGCACUAUACCUGUACUGAUAGAUGUCCCAAGUAUCCAAACCUACCAAGCUACUGUAGAAUGCAGCAAGAUCCAAAUGACUACUGCUGCCAGAAACCGGUUUGCACUCCCAACCCCAAUCCAAACCCCAGUGUUACACCAAAUCCCAACCCUAACCCUGGGAGUGUGGCACCAGGAGUCUCAACAGUGCAGCCCAAUCCUGUCUUCACAUUCAGACCACAGCCAACUCUGCCACCAACCCAGCGAAAUGUCUGCACAUAUAAAAACAUCAGAUACGUGCAGGGACAGACCUGGACAGAUGGCUGUGACAGGAAUUGUGUCUGUGAAGACGGAAAAACUGGAUUCUACCGCUGUACUGAUAGGUGUCGCACCUACCAGAACGUUCCAGCAAACUGCCAGAUGGUGGCUGAUCCACAGGACCCACAGUGCUGCAAGAUUCCACAGUGUCCAAACACAAACCCCAACACUGGGAACCCAGAUCCAGCUGGUGGCAGUUCUGUGAUCAAUCCCUUGCAGCCAGGUGUGAUUACUGGCAGUGGCACUCCACCUCCACAGAUUGCGCCAACACCAGCACCAGGAGUCACUGGAAGACCCAGAACUUACUGCUUCUACAAGGGACAGACGUACAGCACUGGAGACAAGUGGCAAGAUGGCUGCACGUACAACUGUGAAUGCAUCAAUGACCAGACCGGAUUGUACAGAUGCAAGGACAGGUGCAACUCUUAUCCCAAUCUACCAUCAGCAUGCAGGAUGGUCAUCGAUCCCAAGGAUCCUUGCUGCAAGGUUCCAAAAUGUGAUGGAACCACUGGCUCCAUCAGUGGAACCAGACCACCAGUGACACAGGCACCAAACCCCAGCCCUGGUCCAAAUCCUAACCCCAACCCAACUCUGAGCCCCAACCCUAAUCCAAAUCCAAACCCAACUCAGAGCCCCAACCCUAAUCCAAACCCAAAU